AUGGGUGGUUUCAAUCUUGAAGUGUUCGAUGCGAAGGAGCCAACUCGUUCCAUCAUUACUCUGGAUAACCUGACCGGUGAUGAGACAAUCUUAGCUAUAAAGAAGAGAAUCGCACAGAAAAAGCUUGCACUGACCGUCGAGCGACAGUCGUUGCGUGUUGAGCCGAAAGGUAAAGCGGUCGCAGACGAGAAAAGAAUCAGCGAACUUGGUUUGGCUGCUCAAAAUGCGCAACUUUUUGACGCUGUGUAA